CAGUUGGAUUUCGUCCUUGACCGAGAGAGCAUUCACGGGAAAGACACCGAGUGACACAGGGCACCAUUAAUGAUGAGAAGCUUCAUUUAUCUUGGGCCCAUUUUGGCUUUGGCUGCUGUGGCUGCCACGGCCGCCCCAAAUGACUUUUCUGGCUCAUCCCAAGACCACCAAGAUCCGGCAUCGCCCAAACAAGGAUGGUCGCCCUCCAAUGAGCCAGGGCUGUAUUUCUCGACGGAAAGUGGGUUCUACCCACCCACUGCCAAUGACCCCUAUUUCUACGGGCCAAGUGCGGCUGGCAAUGGCCUCUCCUUGUCGGGGCUGAUUUCAACGGGGUUGAGCAUUUUCGCUGGAAUCUUUAUGAUCACCUUCACCAUCACGUUCCUGACCAACUUCUUGCAAUCCAGCUUCGUCAAGGACUUGUUCAAAGGGCGGUCCCUGGAUACUGACACCAUUGCCGACGUCACUUACAUGAUCUAUGACGCAUAUCAGAAAUUUGAAAACAUGUCGUAAUUGAUCUCUUGUCCUGCUGGAUUGUCUCCUUAUGUCUACUAUGGUAUUAUUCGAUCUCUUUCGUGCUACCAAGGCGUGGAUGCAUGACUUCCACACUUGUCUAACUUUGAUUCAUAUUUCUGUGAACCUCUAGAAAUGAAAAUAAAUGUGACGCCAGAA